AUGUCCAAAGGCCCGCGACCCUCAAUGCUCUUGGGCGCUGGGUUUUGUGCUGCUGCUUGCGCGCUGCACUGCAUCACCAUUCACAACCCGGCCGCAACCAUCCUCACUCACAUUGCUCAGAUUUUCAAUGGCUUGGCCGGCCCCGUGAGCAUGUCAAUUGGCCCCGUGUUCAGCGCCGCCUGGUUUCCAUCAAAUCAGCGCAUCACGGCCACGGCUCUCAUCGCCGUUUCCAACUACGUGGGCAUUGCCUUUUCUUUUCUGGUGGGCCCAGCCAUGGUUGGUGAGCUAUCCAAGGAUGCGACGUCUGAAGAACGCGACCGCAUCGGCCAAGAGCUGUUGCGCUACAUGUACACAGAAUGUGCGUUUGCGGCGGUGGUGUUGAUAUUGACCGUGGCCUACUUUCCCAAUUAUCCCCCCAAUCUACCAUCGGUGACAGCUGGCCACGCGCGCGAGUCUUUUGGGGAGGGCUUUUGGAAGCUAUUCCGCAACCGCAGCUUCUGGAUUGCCUCGAUUUCUUAUGGUGUUGUGACUGGCGUCUUUUCGGGCUGGUCGGCCUAUCUUUUGCCCAACCUUGAGCAAUUUCUCAGCCGAGAAAAGGCCCAGAGUGAAUCUGGAUGGCUGGGAUUUUACGCCAUUCUCUCCGGCUGUGUAUCUGGCGUCAUCAUGAGUCGGGUUGCAGACCGCCUGGGUGGCAAGAUGAAGCUUAUGCUUGUGGUCAUGAACCUACUGGGCGGCGGCUUUGCCAUCUGGUUCUCGCUGAUGUGCACGCACACCCUGCCUUUCCGCUUGGACUUGGCGUACAUCAGCAGCAUUGCCUGCGGCUGCCUUGUCAACGCCAGCAUGCCGCUCUUUUUCGAAAUUGCCGUUGAGGUCGCUUACCCAAUUUCCGAGGCCACCACGACAACCAUGCUCACGACCAUGAACAACGUGUUUUGCCUCGUCUUUCUCCUGAUGCCAGACGUCCCACACCUGGGCAACGCCUGGGUCAACUGGACCUUGGUCGGCGCCUGUCUGACUGCGGGUUUACUCAUGACUGGCUUCCGGGAGAACUACCGUCGGCUCACCAUUGAUGCUGGCACCAAGUUUGAAGUUACCGUCUAA